CGGAAAAUAGACUUCGCGAUCAGUCGUUUUGCAUGACUACUUGAAAAACUAGCGAACAACAAGCCACAACAAGAUUUGUACCUAUACUCAGCAGUGGGGUCUAAAUUUAUCAUUCUUGGGUUUGAAGUCCAGUAGUGUACAGCAUGAUGACCUUGUCAGCCACAGCUGUGGAGUUUACCCCAGGGAAAUACUGGAGUGGAUUACCAGUACAAGAAGAAAAGGAGUCUGACUACAUGUUUGAAUUGAAAGACAUUCUUUAUCAGCUGAGUAUCAACCCUGGCUUAUUUCAAGAAUGCAUGAACUCCCUGACGGACAUCCUUUCCGUGGCCAUCAGAGAAGAUUGGCAGCUGGAUGAAGUGGCAGAUGUCAUCUUUGAGCAGUCGACCAUGGAGCCAAACUUCACAUACACGGGAGCCCGGAUGGUCGAUCAUCUCUAUAGAAACUUACCCAAUCCACCAGGCAGAAGACACAUGCGAACCCUCAUUAAUCAAAGAGCUAAGAAUGUUGUUGUCAGGAGGAAAGAGAUGGCGUUAGAUCCUGCACAGCAGAAGAGGCUACAUGGAGUUACUAUGUUCAUGGCUGAACUCUUCAUGAAUAUGGAGAUUGUAGGAGGAGAUGGCACUGUUCAAAAGAUCAAGGUUUACCGAGCAGCACUUCAAGAGCUUUUCGAGUCACUCACAGACUACCCCUCAGAAGCCAACCUCAAAUGUCUGGGUAACAUAUUCAAGUUGGCUGGGAAGACAAUAGAGGAUUACGAUCGAGAAAUGAGCAACAGUGCGUCCUCUGAGCUCAUCAACAAGAUCUUCAACGAUGGAAGAAAUUACAUUGUCAAUGGCAAAGUUGACAGAUCUGUUAGAGAUCAAUGGCUGCAGCUGAUUGAAUUCCGAGCUUCAGACUGGGGCAGGAGGCAAGUCAAAGGUCAUAGGCCAAAGUACGAAGAGCCUGGUCCAGCAGGGGCAGCGGGGGCAGCUGCAAUGAACGGUGCUGCUGGAGGAGAUGUAUUUACGAAUAUUCCUACAUUUUACAGUGCACAGGGAACGGUUAUAUCUGCAGAAGAAGCAGGUUUCAACGCAGAGCUGUUUAAUCCUGAGGACUAUUCCUACGAAGAUGAAACCGACCCCAACAAUCUGAACUUUGACCCUGCCCUUGAUCAUUAUGGCUGGCAGCCCGAAUUAGGGUCGGGUUCGGAGUCCGGAGUAACGCAAGACAUGGCCGAUGCUUACGAGUCCUUCCUGAGGGAGACGGGCCAGGAGGACCAAUCGGGACAGACGUGGGCUUAUGAAUGAGGUCAUGUGACUGUUUGUGUCCUCAUGAUCAUGUGACUCUCUAGGACAGGGUGUCGGUUCAAUUGAGAACUGCUUGCUUGAGGAUAGCGACUUCCCACCUGGGCCCCAUUUCACAAAACUUUUCAUCAGUGACAUAUGACAGUUUUUGUUAUAAGCUACUGAAAUCCUUGCUUCUGAUUGGUUAUCAGCAGAUUUGUCACUAAUAUUUGUCAUUUGUCAUUGAAAAAGGGCUUUGUGAAACACCCACCUGUUGUCUCGGAAGGGAGUCGGAAGGGACUAUAAUCCAUGCGCACAUGCUGCCGAUCUUCAGGGAUGUCUUUGGAAUCAGCAACAACCUUAAACAGUACGGUUAAAGAGUACAAACAAUGUGACUGCACUUUCUACACUCGUCGUCAGUAUUCUGUGCUUUGAUGUGUUCCAACGUGUCUACAGGUGCUUCUGUGUUCACUUAAUACCUCUUCGAAAGAAACAAAUGAACAAAUCUACUUACAAAAGUAUAUAUAUAUUUAAAUCCCAGUACAUAAAUGUGCACUUGCACCUAUGUAAUUUUUUUGAGAAUCAAUCAAUUGAUUGUGUCUGAGUUAGCGCAAUUUUGGCUCAGAACAGACAAAAUAUAUAUAUAUAUAUAUAUAAUUGUGCACACUGUGUGCGUGAAUCAAUCUGGGUUAUAAUGAUAUCUAUAAAGCAUAAAAAAGAAGAUAUUCUGUUUUUGAGUGCCAUAUAAAUCCAGAUUUAUUCAGUAUCAUUAUUAAUUCUUGAUAAGGUUAGAUUUCUAUAACAUUACGUAAGAGUUCUGGACAGUACAAACUAAAAGAAGAUACAAACUUCAAAGCAGGGACACAUGAAGAUGAAGAAUACUUUGUAGGGUGGUCCAAUUCCUUCAUAAUACAUAUCAUGAUUGACAUUAAAUCUGUUUUUUUACAAUGUACAGAGAAUGAGAAAAGAAGAGCAACAAAGAAAUAUGAAUAGAAGAAAGAGAAGAAAAAAAUGUAAUAACUAAAAAAUAUUAAAAAACAAAGACUUUUAUUGGACUUUACUGGACUCAUAGUAAUAAUCUUCAGUCUAUUUUUCUCCUUUUAACCUCUAUUUUGUCAAUGUUUGGUUAUUCUUCAUAUACAUGUAGCUCCAUAGAGAAAUCUUUUUUUGUUCCUUUCAUCCGUAUUUCCCAAGAAUGAUUGUAACAAUAGACAAGAAGGUUGACACCCCCCUC